AUGUAUCGGUUUAAAUCGCUCCCCGACUUCGCUCUGGGGGUCCGUCAGCUCGUCACCCGCGGAGCCGGGGCGAGCCCGGGCGGAGCUCGGUCCCACCCCGACCCGGGGCGGAGGGGGCCCGGGUCAGGGCGCCCCGCGGGCGGCGGCGGCGGCGGCGCCAGUCACGGAGCUCACCCCCCGGAGCCGACAGGGCUGACACAGGCGGACGGGAACGUCUCUGCGCAGAGCGAACCGAGGAAACACAAAGCCAGCCUAAUACAUGGCUUGGAGGACCUGUUGUUCUACACCAUCAGCCACGGCCGGGAAGAGAUACCCGUUCCCACCUUCAUCAGGGCCCUGAAAUCCACAGGUCUACUGACGUCUGACCCCCGGCUGAAGCAGUGCAUGGAUCAGCUGCGAGAGGCGACACAGAGCUCCCCCAGCCUCACGCUGCUCGACCGCCAUCUCUUCAGGAAGUUCUUUGGAAACAACACCGUGUUGCUGUCCCAGGCCUUCAGGAAAAGGUUCAUCAUUCCCGACUUUGAGACGUUCUCCUCUCACAUCAACCGGCUCUACGGGAACGCCAAGAGCAAGAGCAGUGGCAAUGUUGCUGAUUACAUUCCUCAACUGGCCAAGUUCAGCCCCGACCUCUGGGGGGUGUCUCUGUGCACAGUAGACGGGCAGAGGUACUCAGUUGGAGACACCAAGAUUCCCUUCUGCUUACAGUCAUGCGUGAAGCCCCUUGUGUACGCCAUCGCAGUCAAUGAGUUCAGCACUGACCAUGUGCACUACUACAUGGGGAAAGAGCCCAGUGGGUUGAAGUUCAAUAAGCUAUUUCUCAAUGAAGAAGAUAAACCUCAUAAUCCCAUGGUAAAUGCCGGAGCCAUUAUCAUUACCUCCCUCAUCAAGCCGGACGGGAAUAAAUCUGAGAAGUUUGACUCUGUGAUGGAAUACCUGAACAAAAUGGCCGGCCGUGAAUACGUGGGAUUCAGCAAUGCAACGUUUCAGUCUGAGAAGGAGACGGGAGACAGGAAUUUCGCCAUUGGAUAUUACUUAAAGGAGAAGAGGUGUUUUCCUGACGGCGCUAACAUGAUUGCUUCGUUAGACUUGUACUUCCAGCUGUGCUCCAUCGAGAUGACGUGCGAGUCGGGGAGCGUGAUCGCCGCCACGUUGGCAAAUGGCGGCAUCUGCCCGAUUACAGAGCAGCGCGUGUUGAGUACGGAGGCCGUGCGGAACACCCUGAGCCUCAUGCACUCCUGUGGGAUGUACGAUUUCUCGGGAGAGUUCGCUUUCCACGUGGGGCUCCCGGCAAAGUCGGGCGUGUCGGGCGGUGUUCUUCUGGUGGUGCCGAACGUGAUGGGCGUCAUGUGCUGGUCUCCCCCCCUGGACAAAGUGGGCAACAGCGUGCGUGGCAUCAACUUCUGCCAGGAGCUCGUUUCUCUCUUUAAUUUCCACAACUAUGACAACCUGCGGCAUUUCGAACGGAAACUGGACCCUCGAAGGAUUGGGAGUGAAGUUGGGGAGGUGUCUACAGUGAAUCUACUCUUCGCCGCUUACAGCGGCGACACAGACAGUCUGAGGAGGUUCGCCCUGUCUGGCAUGGACAUGCAACAGAAAGACUAUGACUUGCGCACACCUCUCCACAUCGCGGCAGCGGAAGGUCACGAGGAAGCUGUUCGCUUUCUUCUCCACGCCUGUCACGUGAACCCGCUCUGUAAGGACAGGUGGGGGAACACGCCUCUGGACGACGCCCUUCACUUCAACCACCCGCAGCUCCUGAAGCUGCUGAGCGACGAUCAGCUGUUGCACUCGCUGCCCGGGCAGUCUGAGACCGGCGAGGCGGGCACUGCCACUCCCUCCAAGAACGCGGGAGAGAGUGGCUCGAACUCUCACAACAACGGCGCCAGAGAGUGAGGCAACCUGUGCGUGUGUGUGUGCGUGCGCGCGCGAGUGUGUGUGUGCGCGCGCGCGAGUGUGUGCGCACGCGUGUGUGGAGUUGCGCCUGACUUGAAACACCACAACCACGCAUUUACACAGCGCCCCUUCACGAUGGAUUAGUUUGAUGCUGAGCCAGGGAGAACGUGGAGGUGAUCGCGGGCCCGGACGAAGAGUGAAGUCUUCGGGUGCGAGCUGAAGAUGAGCAAAGGAAGGGUGGGGCGGUGGGGUGGGGUGUCCUGUAGCUCAGUGGUU